AUGCCACAGUGCGCUGCAUUUAACUGCAAUAUUCGGUCACAGAAGGGAGUAGCAAUAUUCCUUUUUCCAAAGGAUACAAAAUACAGAAGAAUUAGGGUGCAGAAUCUUCGACGAGAUGGAUUUAUAGUCUCGGACACCUCAAGGUUAUGCGCGAAACAUUUCACAGAUGACCAGUUUUCAAUACAUCAAUCUGUAGCCAAAAAAUGUGGAUACAAGAAAAUUGAUCUUAAGCCAAACGCAGUACCAACGAUUUUUGAUUUCCCCAAGUCUGAGACAAAGAAGAAACUCCACAGCUUAUUUCAAGCGAAGGGCACUGGAAGUAAGCCAUUGUAUGAAACAUCAGAAAUGUGA